AUGCGCUUCCGAACCCAAUUAAAGGACACAAAGACCUUCUCAAAGCUAACAGCCUCACUAUCCUCCCUCGGCAAAGUAUGCUGGAUGCGACUCGAGUACGAUGUGGUACGCUUUACCAUCAUCCCGGAGCAAGGCACCCAAGUAUGGGCUCAAAUUCCCGUUGACACAAUCUUCGAAGAAAACACCUACGAAAUGGAAUCCAACUCCGAAGCAAUAAACAUCGAAAUCAAUAUCGCAAACCUGAACCGCGCCCUCCGCUCAACAUUCGGCUCCUCACAAUCCCAACUCCGCCUCACAAAAAAGGACAAAAUGCCCCUGCUAGCCCUAACAGUCCUAUCAACCGACUGGACAGAAGGAAACAUGGCGCUCGCCACCGAAGAAGGCACCACAGACCACCACGACGACCAGCCCGGCGAAGUAACCGGUGAUCGCCGAGCCCGCGAGCGCGAAACGCGCAUCACGCAGGAAAUCCCCAUCAAGAUCUUGCACGAGUCGGCUGUUGAUGGUCUUCACGAACCGCAUUGUCCGGACCCGGAUGUUCAUAUUAUUUUACCCGGAUUGUCGCAAUUGAAAAGUAUUUCGGAUCGAUUUAACAAAUUAGCGUCUACGGAUUCGAAAAGUAGACAACAGCAAACGGGGCUGGGACUGGGUGCAGUGGACAAUUCGAAUUCAAAUGCAAAUUCAAAUGCGCAACCAGGAUCAGGACUGUCGUCUUCUUCGGGGCCAAAGUUGGAAUUAUCGGCUAACAUGCAUGGUAAACUCAAGCUUGCUAUUGCGACGGAUGAGUUGCGUAUUGCGAGUGUUUGGUCUGCGUUGGUGAAUCCACCGCUUGACCCAGCUCAUAUUUCGGAGCAGCAGUUGUCGCAGUUACCCAGUGAGCGGAUGCGGGGAGUCGGCGAGGAUGAUGAGUCUGGUUGGGCGAAGGUGCGGAUUGAUGGGAAGGAUUGGAGUCGGGUUUUAAGCGUGGGCAGGCUUAGUCCGAAGGUUGUUGCUUGUUUUAUCAAUGAGACGGCUCUUGUGCUGUAUGUUUAUCUACCUGGCAGUUGGAAUGGCGAAGAGUCGUGUUUGACGUAUUACAUCAACUCAUUUGCAGCGUGA